AUGAAGGUCUUCCUGCUGCUCACACUCCUGCUGACACCCAUGCACGCUGGAACCGCUUGGAGUGCGAAAUACGCAGUAGAUUGCCCCGAGCCCUGUGAGAGCAAUGCGUGCAAAAGCACCUUGCGCUGUAAGCGGACGGUGCUGGAUGACUGCGGCUGCUGCAGGGUGUGCGCGGCUGCACUGGGGGAGACUUGCUACCGCACCGUCUCCGGUAUGGAUGGUGUCAAGUGUGGCCCUGGGCUGAAGUGCCAGUUUUACACUGAGGAGGAUGACUUUGGUGAUGAAUUUGGUAUCUGCAAAGAGUGUCCCUAUGGUACCUAUGGCAUGGAGUGCAGGAAAACCUGCAAUUGCCCGUCUGGCAUCUGUGACAGAGUAACUGGGAAGUGCUUGAAGUUCCCGUUUUUUCAACUGUCUGCUUCAAAGCCUCCAAAUCGACGAAAAAUAAUUUCACACACAGAGAAUGACAUGGCAUCAGGGGAUGGCAAUUCUGUAAAAGAGGAAUUUGUUAAGGAGAAAGCAAUUCGAUCUCCGGUAAUGAAAUGGCUAAAUCCUCGCUGA